UGGGCCCUGCUUUGCUUUGGGGGGAGCAAACGGCUGUAACGUCGCACCAGGCCCCGAGCGCCGGUGCCUGGGUUUGGUAGCAGCUCGGCCGAGGGAAAGCAGGCAGACGGGAGGAAGGAGGCGAAAGUAGGAAAGACGAGGCAGAAGAGGCACUAGCAAGCCUUCUACUUCUGACUGUUCUCGUUUGGUGCGGAGACUGAGUGGGGAAACGGUAUUGCACCCACAGAAAUCUUACUGCCUCUGUCUUCUAGGAAAGCUAGAAGAAUGUUCUUAGGUGCAAAACCUUGCUUUUAUUUCUCCUCUUGUAAGUGGUGUUUCAGGUCUGUCUUCCAGAGAGGCAACAACCCUUGCUUCACUGGGAAAAGAAAUGUUUGUAAGCAGUUUGAGGAUCCUGGUUGCACCGUUGAAGAAAUGCCUUACUUGAUUUGAUAAUCUAAGACAGCUCCCUGUUUGAAUAAGGCAUAAAAAGAAAAUGGAAGAAGAUGAGACCUUACAAAGUGAACCAGAGACACCAAGAGUUAAAACACAUGCUUCUCCUGAAAUCAGCCGCCAGAUAUCAGUUAGCGAGUUCCUUUGCCAUUGCUGUUACGACAUUCUGGUCAAUCCCACCACCCUGAACUGUGGGCACAGUUUCUGUAGACAUUGCCUAGCCUUGUGGUGGGUAUCCUCCAAGAAGAAUGAAUGUCCAGAAUGCAGAGAAAAAUGGGAAGGAUUCCCCAAAGUCAACAUCCUCCUCAGGGAUGUUAUUGAAAAGCUAUUUUCUGAUGCCAUUGAACAAAGAAAAGAAGAUAUUCAACAAAACAGUGAUAUAGCACGCAGUUUAGCAACCUUCCAAAAAUAUGGGAAUGACCAGAUUCCUACAGCUCCAAACAUGAGAAGAAUUAAUCCUCGAGGAGGAGGAUUUUUUUCAGGCGUUCUGACAGCUUUAACUUGUGUAGCAGUAGUUCUGCUCGGGUAUCACUGGAGCAGCAGAGAAUUUGAAGAUGAUCUCCUUGUCCAAAAGCCUGUUGCUAAAUGGACUGCUGAAGAAGUGAUACUUUGGCUAGAGCAGCUGGGCCCAUGGGCGUCACAUUAUACAGAAAGAUUUUUGCGUGAGAAGGUGAAUGGAAGGCUACUUCUAACACUGACAGAAGAAGAUUUCACAAAAGAGCCUUACAAUAUAGAGAACAAUAAUCAUAGAAAAGCUAUUAUGACGGAAUUGGAAUGUGUCAAAACUUUAGGGGUUAAACCACCACAGAACCUUUGGGAAUAUAAGGCAGUAAAUCCUGGAAAAUCACUCUUUCUUCUGUAUGCGCUGAAGAGUUCUCCAAGACUCAGUAUGUUAUACCUGUACUUGUUUGAUUAUGCAGAAACUUUCCUACCUUUCAUCCACACAAUUUGUCCUAUGCAAGAAGCUGAAUACGAAGAUACUGUCACAAAACUACUAGACCUUAAAGAUCCUACUUGGAAACAGUGCAGAGAAUUCAUUGUAAAGUAUUUAUUCUUGCCAUACCAGUUGAUAGCUGAAUUUGCUUGGGACUGGCUGGAGGUGCAUUACUGGACAUCAAGAUUUAUAAUUGUAAAUGCCAUGUUGCUUUCUGUUCUGGAAUUAUUCUCCUUUUGGAGGCUGUGGUCAAGAAGAGAAUUGAAGACAAUUCCUCACAGAAUGUGGAGACAUUUCUGGAAAGUCUCAACCCAGGGUCUUUUUGUUGCCGUUUUUUGGCCUUUUAUUCCUCAGUUUGUCUGCAAUUGUUUGUUUUAUUGGGCCUUGUACUUUAACCCAAUUAUAAAUAUUGAUCUCGUGGUUAAAGAAGUUAGGCGUCUGGAAACACAAGUGCAAUGACUGGCACUGGAACUAUUGAGUAGUUUAAUUUCUAAAAACUGGUCUUUGAUUGAAACUUUGCUUUUCUUCUUGAUGUACGUGGUAGUGAAAAUGAUGGAUUAUGUUAACUUAAACAUGCAAAAAAGCCUUAAGGUAAGUCGCCCUUAAGCCAGCUAGAUUCCAAGCUAAAAGUGGGCUUUAUUAUCCAAAAUGAACUUUGUGUUUAAAAAAAAAAAAUCAUGUGUGAAUUAGUCUUUAAAAAUUUAUACUAUCAAGUCUUCCUAAUUUUGAUUAACAAAAUCCAACUUCUCUAUUCUGUCUUUUGAUAUCUGGUUAUUUUCAAGCCUGCUACGUAAAGCCUUAAAGUUAGUGUCUUCUGAACAGCUACAGUGAUUCUGUAAGUUAGUACUUCAUACCAGCGAUGUGUUGCUCAGAACUUCAGUUUGCCAAAGGAAAGCUGUUCCUGGAUCGGCUUGAUAUUGAAAGUACCUCAGGGUUUUCAGUCGGCUUUAAAUGCGACGUUCUUUGUUCUAAAAUUCCCCCUAUUGAAGGCAGAGAGCGCUUGAGGGUUGUUUUGGAAAAGGUGGCGAUUGCCAUUCAAAAUUUUCUUUGUUCAGAUCACUUAUACUUCAUCUAUAGCUUGUUUAAUGCUGUCUUCUUAAAGUGCUAAUCCUCAGAGUAAAUCGAGGGUUAUCUCUUAAAAGGAUUAUUUUGGAAAAGUGACCUGACACUGUAAUUACACCUUACUGCAAUAUAAUGUGUGUAUUUAGAUCUGUGACCAAAUACUGACUGAAAAUUUAUUUUGUAUAAACAAGAUGCCAUUUGAUAAUGUAUGGUUUUUGACUGAAGCAAAAGUUAACUUUGUUUUUUAAAAUGCCAUGUCCCCUUACAUUCUGUCUUGUUU